AUGAAAUUCUUCGUCUUCUUCUUCAUGCUGAUUGCCGCCGCCUUCGCCGCCAGCGCCUGUGGACCGGCCGUCGCCGGAACCUGCCCACCCGGCUGCAAGCUCUCCGGAAAGACCUGUGUGCAAUCCCUUGGCACAAUUGUUGGACCCUCCCUCGGAGGGCUCUGCCCGCCCGGUACCACGUUGAGCGGUGGAAACUGUUACCUCCAGGCC